UUACGCAUUCUAAUAUGCUAUUUAAGAUCCAGUAUGAUACCAUAAAGUACAAUAAUCAUUUAAAGUACAGUUUGCCUGUAGUGCUACAUCAGUGAAAUAUUUUUAGUACUCAAGAGUCUUGCUAUGGAGAAAUAACUUAAGCAACUCUACUUACUGCACCAGCUGUUUCUGGUACUCAAACUCCUCCAUGGACCUGCCUUUGAGCUCCGGCAUUUCCAUAACUUCUGCUCCUGCUUUGCGGUUGUCUUACCUCCUCUGUUGAAACUCUUCAGCUUAUCAUGUAAUAUUUGAGAAAUACCAUAGCUCACUUUAAAUAGAUCCUACAAGGAAAGGGGAGAUGAAAGGUGAGGACUAACAGAAUGGUAAUGUCCAAGUCCAAUCUUAUUAACAUGAAAUAAUCAAUAAGAGCUUCUAGCUGUUCAAACUUCCUAAAAUGAAACCGUAGCUUUUCUGUGUCAAGAUGGUUAGACUAUAUCAAUAACUUGUGGCUGUAGUAGAACCACUAAAGAGCUUAAGAGCCUACUGACAAGGGAAAGUAUUUACCUUGUCAACAAGAUUCAGAAGACAGACCCUGUAUGUAGGAUGUAGGCCGCUACCUCACUAGGUCACCACACUAAUUACCACACAGAAGUGGUAUAAUGCCAUAAUAAUCACAGAUAAAAGCAAAUGCAAAUGUUUUAAUGUCCCAUAAUACAAUAAUGGCACACAUUUUAAAAUUGUAUAGAACAAUAGUUACUGUAGAAUAAUAACAUAUUGCCCUACUCAUUUUUUUACAGUUCACAAUACUGCAAGGAGAUACAAAUGUUCAGUAAAUACUUAAAACUGUUAUGUGGGGCAUUGUCUCAUCGAGUUUAGUACAUGAUCUUAGAACAGAAGUCCUUCGUAUGAACAGUCCUACUAUCACCUGGAUGAUAUUUGUAUGAUCUUAUUCAUGCUUCCUUCUUAUUGUGCUGCAGUUGCUUAAAUCUCAUUGUUUGUAUAUUCCUGCAAUCGUAGGCCACAGUGUUGACAUCUAGGGACAUCCUUAUCAAGCCUUUUUUUUUAUCAUAGAUCCAAAAACAAAUCAACCUUAUACUUAUAUUAUUAUUCAAAGUCUAAGUUUCAGCAUAAUGACCAUUGAAAACUGAAAAAAUGUAAAAAUCCCAAAUGUCUAGUUGGUCAAGGAAGCAAUGUUAAGCUUUAAAGAAAUAUGGUCUUAUAUAUUUUAUGGACUAUAUAUUUUAUUAGAUAUGACCAAAACUUUUGGAAAUUCAUUGGCAUUUGUCAGGUUAAUCAUUUACUGUCAGUUUAAUCAUUUACUGUCACAUUAAGCACAUGAAGCACUAUUUAGAGAAUAUAUUGUGGUUUAUUGGGUGUCCUGAUGGGACCUUUGUCACCAGUGGAUUUGUGAUUCAAGGCGACUCAAGAAGAUGUAAGAUACUUAAAAUCCCCCUGAUCAGCCUUACCGUCCACUACUGCUGCCAUAUAUUGUCCUCCUAAGACUCCGUAUUUUAGGGAUGCUUUGGACUUAACACCUCCAUGACCUAAAACCUGUCUAGCUAACACAGAACUAAUAAGACUAUGGACGUCAGGUUCAUAGGAAUUAAGAUGCCUAAUUACAGAAGACCUGUUUAAUUUGUUCUCCUUUGGACUGAGGCCAACUUGUCCAACAUUUAAUUCCUUUGCAGAUGAACAUUCACCUUUUAACCCUCUUGAACCCAUAGAGAUUUUUUGUCUUUUUUAAGGUGGGAGGCAGGGAUGUUUAGGAGGUCACAUAGAAGGGAUACACUGUCAUGGCCAUUUUCUAGUCCCUUGACUUCACACCUCAAUAUAUCUGAAUGAAACUGGGCUCUAUGGGUAACCACAAGUCUCCCUUUUAAAGACAUGCCCAUAGUGGAGACCCAUCAUAAGCAUUUUAGGCUUUCAACCUCCCUUUCUGUAAUCAUAUUAAAUCAUAUCUUAUUAUACUUCAACACACUUCCAGGUAUACAUUGUGUAGUUGUGUUCUGUUAUGAAUUAAACACUAACCAAAUUUACUUUACUUAACUUAAGACAACAGGUACAUACACAUAGCUAAUGAUUGACUAAAAGAAAAUAAUUUGGUUGAAGAACCUGUUAAUACACUACUACUGUAGUGACUGGACUUUAUGCCUGUCUUUACUAAGAAUGUUGAAGGCAUGACAUUUUAAAGUUGACCCUGUUUUCCAUUGGCACCGCAACUAAGGAGAAUGUGAGAAUUUUUUAUUAACUUCUCCCAAUACUUGCUUUUUACUUACAUAGAAUGUAACAUAGUAAUGUUGAUGUUCAAAUAUUAAUCUGAUUUCAUGUUGUAUAUUCUAGAUUUUAUGUGUUUUAAGAAACUUUGUACACUCUACUUGGAUUAAUGUCUUACUGGUUCUUGUUCUGGUAAUACUAGUAAGAGAUCUUUAGGACUCAUUAUGAAAGCAGUUCUGCCAAGCCCUGAUGGCCUGUCUGAGUUGGACUCAGUAGAGGUUACAGAACUCCAGGACAACAAAACUUUCCAAAAAUGUAAUGAGCCCUCAGCUCAUGGGUCUUUAUCCCUGAAUGGAGCUAACGUGAUGGCUUAUCUCAAAAGAAAUGCUUUUGUUCUUCUCACAAUGGCCGCAGUUGCAUUUGGGAUUGGCCUGGGCUUUGCAUUACGACAGAUUGAUAUGUCAGCCAGGAAUGUAAAAUAUUUAGCCUUUCCUGGAGAGCUGCUGUUGAGAAUGCUGCAGAUGUUGGUGCUUCCUCUCAUUGUUUCCAGUGUGAUUGCAGGAACGUCAUCUGUGAACAGAAAGUAUUAUGGGAAAAUCGGACUAAGGGCCUUUAGCUAUUACAUAGUCACCACAAUUAUUGCUGGAUUCACUGGCAUUGCCUUAGCUGUUAUUAUUCAGCCAGGGAAAUCCUCCAGGAAGGCCUCGGUGCCCUCUAGUGGAAAUGCAGAGGCUGUGCAGCCUGUGGAUUCCUUUCUCGAUCUAAUCAGAAACAUGAUUCCUUCAAAUCUGGUGGAAGCUUCUUUCAGAAAGUAUAAAUCUGCUUAUUCCACUAGUCUUGGUGUCAUCAAUGUGACCAAUGAAAACGAGGACAGAGAACCAGUGCCAGGCACCUUGGACGGAAUCAACAUUUUGGGUCUUUUGUGCUUCUCUGUUGCCUUUGGCCUUGUCCUGGGCAUUAUGGACACUGAGGCAAAACCUCUGAGGGAUUUCUUUGAUAGCCUCAAUAAAGUCAUUAUGUAUCUGGUCAACAUGGUCAUCUGGUAUUCUCCAGUGGGAAUCCUCUUCCUGCUGGCAGGACAGAUCAUGAAGAUAACAGACAUUGGAGAGACAGGUCGCGAAGUUGCCAUGUAUACUCUCUCUGUGAUCACUGGCCUCCUCAUCCACAGCCUCAUCACCCUGCCCCUUAUCUAUUUCAUAGUCACACGUAGGAAUCCCUUCAGGUUCAUGCUUGGUCUACUCCAGGUUCUCACCACUGCCUUUGGGACUUCAUCAAGUUCGGCAACCCUACCUGUUACCAUACACUGUAUGGAGGAAAAUCACAACAUGGACAUGCAAGUGACACUCUUCAUGCUCCCUAUUGGGGCCACAAUGAACAUGGAUGGUGCAGCGCUCUAUGAAGCCAUAGCUGUGUUAUUCAUUGCCCAGGUUAAUAAUAUGGAGUUUAACUUUGGUCAAAUGAUCAUCCUCAGUUUGGUUGUCACAGCUGCCAGCACUGGUGCAGCAGGCAUCCCACAUGCCGGCAUGGCGACCAUGCUGAUUGUGUUGGAAUCAGUUGGACUCCCCACUGAAGACAUUUCACUGCUGCUGAUGGUUGAUUGGAUUAUGGAUCGUCUGAGGACUACUGUCAAUGUGCUGGGUGACUGUAUUGGUGUGAGUGUAGUGCAGCAUCUGUCCAGACAUGAGCUGCGGCGCUCCAACCCUGCAGAAACAAGCUUGGUGGAAGAAAACAUCCACAUCUGAGCAUCAUGAGGCUUGACAACAUCUGUGUCAAAUGUUUUAGAUUCAUGUGAUACUUUAUUGUUGAAUGAUAACGAUACACUUGUUUGAAUUGAUGCGGUGCAUUUUACCACUAAGUAUAUAUUCGCUAAUCAUUUAGCUUCCCUGUAUGGAUUAUCCCCUGGAACAUGUUUAGCUCUUCUUAAAAAACAUUGAAAGAAACUCUUUCAAGUUGCUUUGCUUUUGCUGAAAUCAGGAGAAGUAAAAUGUUUUGGAGACAACCCUCAGUGUAGUUUUGCAUUUAAGCUUGACACCUUGAAUCAGACUCAUUAUUUGUAAAGCAUGUUUGAUAUCAAAUUAUAAACUUGUAUGUAAAUUUCUAUGUGCUAAAAUGAGUAUAGACUGACAGCAUUUGUAAAUAAGAGUAUAUCUGCUACUAAUUAAAAUAGUUUGUGCUCGUAUA